UAGUAAAAAUAGAAAAACUUUCUCAUCGAUAAGCACAGCCAGUUCAGCCUGUGCUGAAACUUGGAGACCCCAACCGCGGAUCACCGCCUUCCGCCGCCGCUUUAACCCUCGUUCACUCUCUCCUCCCCUGAUCGCUAACCACUCGCUCAAUUCACCGUACAAGAACAAGAACAACAACCAAAAACAACGAUCAGACGAUUCGCGAUGUCAAUCCAUGAACAAACCGCGGCCGCGAUCCUCGCCCAAGGAGCCCUAGCUGCCGACGGCGUCUUCCUCGGCCUAGCCCUAGCCUACGUGGCAGUCCGAAGCAUCAUCAAGUUCACCGACGCUUCCUCCGCCCUCAAGAAAGUCAAGGACUCCCCAUCCGUCCGCGUCUCCGACCUCCGGUCCGUCCUCUCUCCAUCCGAUGGCUCCGAUUCUUCGAGCGAGGAAGGGAAGCUCGUGAUCGUUCGCGGUUUCGUGGAGGCGAAAUCGGCUGUCGAUGGGAACUGGAAGCACCUCAGGCCGAACGUGCUCGUCUCGCACGAGUCCGGCGAUAGAGGCGUGAUCAUACGGAGGACUCAGACGUGUAUAUACAACGAAUGGAGGGGCUUUUUUGGAUGGACUUCUGAUCUACGCUCUGUGUUUACGAGAUCCUGGAAGCAGAAAGAAUCAACCUCAUUAAGAAUGGUUCCUUUCAUUCUUGUUGAAAGUGGAAAAUGGCCACAGAAUGACUAUCUGAUUGUCAACAUGGAUGGAUCAAGACAUCCGUUACCCCUUGUAACAGUUUUUCACCAGUUGCAGCCUAUUACCCCGUCUCCCUAUACUUUCCUUCAGGCGCUCUUUGGGCAUGAUUACCCUGUUGGACUGCUUGAUGAGGAGAAAAUUCUUCCGCUUGGAAAGGAUAUCAGUGCAGUCGGCAUUUGUUCUUUAAGAGAUGGAGUUGCUGAAAUCAAAUCAUGCAACGACCUUCCUUAUUUUCUCGGUGGAAUAUGGCUUGCUGUUAGAAAUGAAUGUAUGACCAUUAAAGCUAGGUCUGACAUGACUAAGGAUCAAAUGGUGGUAGAUAUUGCAUUGAGGACAAAGAUAUUGUUUUGGAGUGGCAUUGUAUUUGGUGCAUUCUCAAUUGGUAUCCUUGGCUAUGCUGCCGUAAGGAAUUGGAACAGGUGGAAAGCGCGGCGACAACAAAGGCAAGCCCAACAGCAGAACAACCUUGCCCGUGAAGAUGCUGAUCCUGAGAUUGCAGCUGAGGGAACAGAGGAAAUACCAGAUGGAGAGCUGUGUGUUAUUUGCUUGACUAGGAGGAGGCGUUCAGCAUUUGUUCCUUGCGGGCAUCUGGUUUGUUGCCAACGAUGUGCUCUUUCAGUUGAACGCGACUUGGCACCCAAGUGCCCUGUCUGUCGGCAGUCAAUCCGGACUUCAGUGAGGAUCUAUGACUCUUGAGAAUCGGUAGUUGCUGUUUUCCUGACUAUCUUACUGAAGUUGCGUUUUGUGAGGAUAGCUGUGCAUUCUAGUGUAUAUCUCAAAAUCGGGUUGUGUGUAGUUGUAUUGAACUCGGGUAGUUGUAUUGAACUCGGAGUAUAUCAUAGGAAAAGAGACGAAAGUGUGGAGUUACAUCUAGUUAAUUUUUGUUUCAUUGAAAGUUAUUUCAAUGAUCAAGUUCUCCCGCAAUUGUACUCGCGCACUCUUCGUAUUUGCAGAAUUGGUUUGAAGAAGGCUCUUCUAGCUUUU